UUGAUGCCUUAAAAAAUAUAAAAUUAUUUAAAAAAGAAAUACUAUGGCCACAGCAAAUGUAAAUGAAUUAUGGCGUGAAUGUGCAGAUUGGUUAACCAGAUGUGAUGUUUUACGUAGUGAUCAUAAGGCCAAUUGGCCAGAAGCGAAUAUACAUGACUUAGCAUAUACAUUACGUGAUGGUGUGUUAUUGUGUAAUUUAUUAAAACAAUUAGAUCCUGGUUGUAUUGACUUUCGGGACGUUAAUCAAAAGCCUCAAAUGGCUCAGUUUCUUUGUCUUCAAAAUAUAAAAAUUUUUUUACAAACAUGUCACGAUGUUUUUGGUAUUAAGGAAGCUGAUUUAUUUGAUCCGUCAAUGUUAUUCGAUUUAACAAAUUUUCAUCGUGUAUUAUGUACUUUAGCAAAAUUAUCAACAUGUCCUCACGUGCAAAAGAAAAAUAUAACUGGUUUUUCAGCGCACCGAACUCAAUCUCAGGAAGAUAUUUAUAACGACUUACGUAGUAAUAGUGGCAAUACACAAGAUCGAGACUUAAUUGAUGAACCAUAUGGCAGCUAUUAUUCACAUAUUAAAAACGAAGAAAUUUAUCAAGGUUUAUGUUCAGUUUCUUAUCGAAGUUCUAAUACUACGUCACAGUUUGGUCAUAUAAAUAGUCAUAAUUUAGAAAAGCGUGAUUAUGUAAUUAAAGAAUUAGUUGAUACAGAAACUAAUUAUGUUGAAGUGUUGGGAAAAUUACAAAAGCAUUUCAUGAAACCAUUAAGCUCAUGUUUACCAGCCAAUGACGUUAAAAUUAUUUUUAAGGGUAUUAAGGAAUUAUCAGAAAUUCAUUCAGGAUUUUUAAGUCAGUUAAGAAAAGCAUGUUACAGUGAUAAUAAUUUAACAAGUGGUACAAAUCAAGUUAGACUUAGCGAAGUGUUUAUUAAUUGGCGUGAAAAAUUUUUAAUUUAUGGUGAUUAUUGUGCAAAUUUAACACGUGCUCAAAGUCAAUUACAAGAAUUAUGUGAUAGAAAUGAACUUUUCAAUCAGGAAGUCAUUAAAUGUGAAAUGGAAGCGAAUAAUGGAAAAUUUAAAUUACGUGAUAUAUUAUCAGUUCCCAUGCAAAGGAUAUUGAAAUACCAUCUACUAUUAGAUAAACUAAUAUCUGAAACACAACCGAAUCAUGAAGAUUAUCGAGAGUUAAAAAGAGCACGUGAAGCAAUGGUUGAUGUAGCACAAUAUAUAAACGAAGUAAAAAGAGAUAGUGAUACAUUACAAUUAUUACGACAAAUACAAGAGAAUAUUGUUGAUUGGGAUAUACCGGGUGGCAUGGAAUUACAUCAUUAUGGGCGAUUAAUAUGUGACGGUGAUUUAAAAAUUAAAGGGCAUGAUGAUCAAAAGAUUCGUGUACGAUAUGUCUUUAUAUUUGAUCAAAUUCUAUUGAUGUGCAAACCGUUGAAGGGAAAUCAAUUUAGUUACCGUGAAACGUUAAAACUAAGUGAAUAUCGAAUUGAAGAUCAUACUGGAAGAAGAACGCUGAAUCGAGAUGCACGAUGGUCAUACCAAUGGUUACUGGUUCGAAAAACACAACAAUCGGCGUAUACGCUGUAUGCAAGAACGGAAGAUUUAAAAAUCAAAAUGAUCAAAGCGUUAAAGGAUGCUAUGGAUAAUAUAGAACCGGCAGCCUGUCGAAACACGGAUCAUAAAUUUGUAAUGUAUACAUUUACAAAACCGGUUUCAUGCGUAUAUUGUAGUAAAUGGUUAAAAGGACGAAUAUUUCAAGGAUAUAAAUGUACAACAUGUGAUACAGCUGUUCAUAAAGCUUGUAUUCCAAAUGCAGGUCGUUGUGGACAUCCCCCACCCCCACCGCCACCAUCUCAUUAUCCAGAUCGUGGUUUAUCUGAAUAUUUAUGGUUUGCAGGUGAAAUGAGACGUGAAGUAGCUACAAUGCGAUUGGAUAAACGUAUUGAUGGUACAUAUAUGUUACGAAUACGACCUCAAGGACCGACACAUCCAAACGAAACACCUUAUGCUUUAAGUCUAAAGACUGAUUGUAAAGUAAAACAUAUGAAAGUAUACAAAAAAGACGUUGAAUCUGUUGCUCAUUACUUUUUAUCCGAAUCUAGAUUUUUCAAAAGUAUUGUUGAAUUAAUUGGUUAUUAUGAACAAACUAGUUUAGUCGAAAAUUUUGUUGGAUUAGAUGUUGUUCUACAAUGGCCAUAUAGACGUAUAAAAGCCAUAGCCGAAUGUGAUUUUAAUCCAACUGAUCCAGCUCAAUUAAAAUUACGACGUGGAUGGGAGAUAAUUGUAUUAAGCAAAGAUCGUGAAUCACAGGGAUGGUGGCGUGGCAAGUAUCAAAAUAAAGUUGGUUUCUUUCCAAAAGCAUACGUUCGAGUUGAACCAGAAUUAUUUACACAAGAGUGUGAAUGAUGUCCGGAGUGUCUGGUGGCGAUACCACCUCCACCAGAAUUUGCAAGUUGUUAAUAAUUUUUUUUCUUUUCUUUUAAAAUUACGACGGAUUCAACGGCUUUAAGCAUUUACAAAAUUGCACAUAAAAAAAAAUCGAAUAUUUUUUUGUUGUGUAAUAAUACAGGUUAUAUAACCAAAAUUGAAAUUAUAUUAUUGAUCUCAGCUCAGAUGCGUAAGCAGUUAUAGAAGUUUUGAUGCUUUGUUGAAAAGACAUAACCUUUUAUUUACUCAAAAUUACGAUGGGAAAUUUUCAUUCCGGAUUUCCAAAGCUUAUAUGGAAAGGUUUACUAUUUUUUUUGGAAUAGUUGGGGCUACUCUUUAAUUUUAUAAACCAUAGGGCGGACUUAUUUACGAAAUUCGGCGGGCAAACAUGGUUAGGGGUGCCUGGAUCGAAUACAUUCUGAAACUGCAACGAAACAUUUAAGGAAUUAUAUCCAGUUGUGAGAGCAAAAAAAAAAAAAAAAUAAAACACGUUUUUUUUGGGAAGACCAUUCAUUUUACAUAAAUAUAAAAACGUAUAAAUAUAGGACAUUUCUUUAAUUUUAAGAUCCCGUUGUCCGAUUCAAAAAUUGUAUAUGAUAUUGCUUCUCUAGGCCAUCUCCUAGAGAUCCUCUA